UAUCAAUCUGCCAUGUCGACCUUCGCAUAUGAGCUGCAUAUCCCAGGCCCAGUUUCAGCUGACUUAGUCUCUCUCUGCACGAGGGAUAGCAGCAGCAUCACUGAGGAUCGCCCUUCGAAGCGGCGCAAGAUCCAAGGCGGCAAUAGCCGUUUUAACGUUGACAAUGCCGCGAAAUACCUUCCUCAAUACUUGGUAAUGUGCCGCCUCUUCUUGAAGCUUAGAUUCACCGAACAACCGGAUGACAACGUAGAAUAUGGAACAUCUACCCGGGUACCAGUGAAUCUACGCCGCCGACGCUCGGGUGUCCACCGCUUGUUUUCCCUAGAGCUCCAAACCCGCGAUACCGCCGUCAGUCUUGACGCUCAUGACCUAGAGUCCGCUCCCCCUCUACUGAAUUUAAUUUUUACCAUCCCAUCGAUCUAUCGCAUUUUCGACAAGGUGGCCACAGCAUGCUACCAAGCCCUAUUACACAGGGACCCUGCCGACAAUCUAUCCUUCCACCUCGAGGUCAAGGUUCUUUGGAAUGACUCCCCGAACUUACCGGGAAGAUGUUUCGGUGAUGCCAAAGAUGCCUUUGCGCAGUGUUUUCCAAGUGAGCACCCCCGGCCCACCGAUAGCGAACUCUCAGAGGUAGGCCAAUGGACGCCGAAUGAGUUUUACUCAAGUGUCCAUGUUCCGAAGAAGCAGGUCAUCCUCUCCCUAGUCAAAGGAUUUGAAGCUAUAAAAUCUCAGCUAUUUCCGUUUCAAGAGAGAGCACUAGGCUGGCUCCUCGAAAGAGAGGGCGUUGAGGUCCUUCCGGACGGUACCCUGCGCCCGGUUGUCGAGGACGAAGGCUUGCCUCUAUCUUUCGAGCGGACGACGGAUGCCGAAGGUCGUCCAUGUUUUGUCAGCCAUGCGUUUUGCAUCGCUAUCUCCGACCUGUCGAAAUGGCCCUACUCUACGCGGGUGAGGGGUGGAGUUCUUGCGGAAGAGAUGGGUCUGGGUAAAACCGUCGAGCUGCUGAGCCUUAUCUGUAUUCACCGACGGCCCCAGUCAGCUAUUUCGGCGCCUGACUCCGAUUCGGAGCCUGUGGCCUCCGGCGCGACUUUAAUCAUCGCACCAGCGGCGAUUCUAGAGCAGUGGAAGCAAGAAAUUACCAAGCAAGCACCGAACCUUCGAUUUAUGCAUUAUCAGGGAAUUCACCUGAGCAAGGUGUCUGAUGAUGUCAUGGUUCAGCAGCUGGCAUCUCAUGAUAUCGUGCUCACCACAUACGCUGUCCUCCAAAGAGAAGUCCAUUUUGCACAAGACCCUCCCGAUCGCCCCCUGCGCAAUCAGCGAAGACUGCCAAGGCGCAAGUCCCCGAUCGUUCAAAUAUCUUGGUGGAGGGUCUGUAUUGACGAAGCCCAGAUGGUGGAAACGGGCGCGAGUAACGCAGCGAGAGUUGCUCGUAUCAUUCCCCGUUGUAAUGCGUGGGCCGUGACUGGCACGCCGCUACGGAAGGAUAUGAGGGAUUUAUUUGGCCUUCUGCUCUUCUUGCGCUAUGAACCAUUUUGCUCCUCACUGGAAACUUGGGUCCGGAUCUGCGAGCUCUUCAAGCCUGUGUUCAAAUCCUUAAUAAACAAGUUCGUCAUGCGCCACAGCAAAGACAUGAUACGGAAUGAACUACAUCUGCCCCAUCAAAAACGUAUUGUUAUUACCAUACCUUUCACUGCGGUUGAAGAGCAGCAUUACGAACAGCUUUUCCAGCAGAUGUGCGAUGAAUGUGGCCUCGACUCGAGCGGGGCACCCUUGGGAAACUGGGAUCCCAAUUCGCCUAGAACCGUUGAAAGGAUGAGGUUUUGGCUAACCAGGCUGCGCCAGGCAUGUCUUCAUCCUGAAAUAACGGCCACCAAUGCUCGGCGUUUAUUUGGAAGCGGACCUCUCCGCUCCGUUGCCGAAGUUCUGGAAGUUAUGAUUGACCAAAAUGAGACGCAAAUUCGCUCCGAGGAAAGAAGUCUUCUGCUCUCUCAGCUACGCAGAGGGCAGCUGCUUGAAAAUGCAGAGCUUCCCCUGCAGUCCUUGGAACUUUGGAUGAAAGCGUUGUCUGCCUCGCAAGAGAUAGUUUCGGAUUGUAGAAAUCAGCUCGCUGUAAUUCUGAAGGAUGUGCAAGCCGAGAAUUAUGACAUCCUAAGUAUAUCGGAUGCCGGCUCUGACGACAUAGGGGAGGCAGAAAAGAACCGAAUUGGAACCUAUCAGCAGCGGCUUCGGGGCGCACUAGAGAUUGAGCACAUGUGCAAAUUUUUUAUUGCCAGUGCGUACUAUCAAAUCAAAAGUGACCAAAAGCUUACGGAGCCCGAUUCAGACGAUUUCAAAAGGUUAGAAAGGCUUGAAGAAGAGAACUAUCAGGCUGCGAAACUCAUUCGAAGGGAGAUGCUGGCCGAAACAAGUCGCAAGGUCAAUAAACAUAUCAAUGUCGUGAGGGUCAAGGCAAAGAAGAACGAACUUGUCCGGAUUCCUCUCAUGGCAACUGAUUUUCGGCCUGGCGGUAUAGAGAGCCAGCGUAUCUUGGAACGGCUUGAGGACUUUUCCGAGGCUAUGAAUCAACAUACAAUCAAAUUCAACAAAUGGCGUGACCACAUGGUCAAGCUCAUUUUACGACCACUAGUCGACGAAGAAGACAGUACCAAUCCUGAGGGAAACGAAUAUGAAUCUUCAACAAAGGUCCAAGAUGAAAUGUAUGUGUAUAUGGAAACGCUACGUGCCAUGGUCGCAAAUCAUCAUGAUGCAAUUACGGGUCAGACGAGUGCUUUGGUUAGCCACGAAUUGAAGCAGGCCUUAGAAAAGGCGAAGACGGGCAAUGGCCCUUCUCCUAAUCUUUUCAUUUCCUUAAUGGAGGCCUGCGAGAAACUGAAGGUUCCCAGGGAGUUAGGCUCCCUGCGUGGCAUCUUGAACGAGCUUCGAACAUUGGUGACUUCGCUAGAAUGGCAGGAGAGCGGAGGUAGCUCUCGGGCUCGCGCUGAACUUGGUAUCGUCGAGGAACUCCACAAAACCGUCAGCAAACUGUUCUCUACGCAUUCAAAAAUCGCAAGUAAGCUGGAGAGGGAGAUUCUUCUGUUUCAACGCGUGACGAAUAGAAGGUUGGAAUAUUACCGGCAUCUCCAGCAGAUAUCCGACACAGUCGCACCUUAUGCUGAAGAAUCUAAGGGGCAACCGUUAGAUAAGGAACAAUUUGAUUCUAAGUUACGCGCUGAGGAGAAAAUGAAGGCUAAGCUUUCAGGCUUAAAGGCGAAACGCCGGUAUCUUGUCCACCUGCGAGAGGACGCUGGCGUCUUAACGGUGUGUGGUCACAAGUAUUGUAAAGACUGUUUGGGUCUUUGGUGGCGUCAACACCGGUCAUGUCCUGCGUGCAAAAGCCGUCUGCAUGCCAAUGAGCUACACCAAAUCACCUACAAGCCUGCUGAGCUAGUAGCUCAAGAAGAAAAAGCCCCAGGGACUUUAGAGACACAUCACUCAAUGAAAAACGCAAUCUACUCGGAUAUCAAGAGCGACGAUCUGGAAGAAAUUAAAGAUAUUGAGAUCUCUGGCUCCUUUGGCACCAAAAUUGACACCCUUGCCAGACAUCUGAUUUGGCUACGACACCACGACCCAGGCGCGAAGUCUAUUGUGUUCUCUCAGUAUAAAUCGUUCCUGGGUAUCUUGGCUAGUGCUUUUUCUCGGUUCAGGAUCGAGUUUAGUAGCUUUGACAGCUACAAUGGAAUUGAGCGUUUCAAGCAAGACCCUUCGAUUGAAUGUUUCCUUCUGCAUGCCAAAGCGCAUUCGUCCGGGCUAAAUCUUGUCAACGCCACCCACGUUUUCCUUUGCGAGCCGUUAAUCAAUACAGCCAUUGAACUUCAAGCCAUUGCUCGAGUGCACCGUAUCGGCCAACAUCGCGAAACCACGGUUUGGAUGUACCUUGUAUCCGAUUCAGUCGAGGAGUCCAUCUACCAACUCUCAGUGUCUCGACGACUAGCUCAUAUAGCACAGAAGCGAAAAGAACUAGACAAGAGCGGAACAGGCUUCUUGGUUGCGAAUGGAGAUGACGGACUAGAUCUCUCUAAUCUGAACGAGAAUGUAAUCGACGCAGCCAACUCCCUUGAGAUGCAAGAUGCCGCCUUGGGGAAACUGCUCCGUGGGCGUGCAACCGAGGGUGAAAAUGUUGAUGAUAAUGAUCUAUGGCAAUGUCUCUUUGGGAAGGUUAAAAAGAACGGCACCGGCACGGGGGGAGCCAUUGAGCACAUGCGGUUGGAAGUUGACCGGAUGCUAAGAGCCGAUGCUGCGGAGGGGAGGAGAGAUGCUAACAAUUAAGGAGCAUCACCCUUUGCGACGUCCACCACAAUGGCAUUAGUGGAGCUCUCGAAGUACUCCAUGCCCAGCUCACUCAUAGAAGGCAUCGGCUCGGUUUCUUAUAUAUGUCCCAUCUGCAAGGAUGAUCACACAAGAUCGCCCUACACCCAACGGAAAUUUCACCGAGUCUUGACACUGCCUUAGCCCCUCCGCUCCCCCCUUGAUAAAAGAGGUUCAAAUCUUGGAACUUAUUUCCUUGUUUGGCCCCGGAUAGCAUUAAUUCUUCGAGUCGAAUUGGCUCGCGCUUCUCAACUUAAAUGGGUUGCUUGUGUGCUAGAAAACUGGCUGAUAAUGUAUUCUGCUAUAUACAAUGCAUUACAUAUGAUUUAUGAUGGAGGAAACAUGCAG